AUGCGUUCCACUUACCUUUUCUUAUCUGUGGCAGCUUCAUUGGCCUCGGCCUUUGUCAUCCUAGAUGAGAGUAUCCUCGCGGAGAUAGUCUCUGAGACUCGACCAGCCACGAAUGAUCCAUCUCAAGCAGAUGCCGAGAUGAGCCUGCUGGGCAUCUCCCCGGAUGAACAUAGAGGCUGGGGAAGAGACGGUGACUGGCGCGAUGAUGAUGAAUAUCCGGAGCAUGGCGAUUGGCUUGGCUACGGGCGAUGGCCCGGUGGUGAUCGGCCCAGACAUGGGGGAUGGCCCGAACACGGAGAAUGGCCUGGAUACCGAGGUGAUUGCGAAGACAGACACGACCGCGACGGAAGACCAUGGGACAGAUACCGACACCGUCCACACCGGCCAAUCGAUGCUUGUCCAGGCCCGUUCUGCCACGCGGACAAGACGACAUGGGAGCUCAUCAGAGAAAGCGAGCAUACAUCCCGACUCGCCGAGCUCAUCGCCGACGACAAAGACCUGAUUGAUAUCCUAAAUGGCACGACGGCAAACCACACCUUCUUCGCGCUGACGAACCGUGCCCUAGAGAGACUUCCACGGGGAAGAAAUGGCCCCAGUCCGAAGCUCAUGUCCAAGUUGCUGCGGUAUCAUAUCCUGCCCGGUCAAUUUUCAAUCGAGCAUAUUGCUGGCCACGGGACGCUACCGACGAAGCUGACAGAGCCAGCUCUGGAAUCGACUCUACCACAGAGGAUCGUUGUCCGAGAGCACCAGAACGGAGUGAUGUUGAACCGGAGGAGUAGGGUUGUGGCAGCCGACAUGAAAUCCAAAAACGGAAUAAUCCACAUAAUAACCAGUCCCCUCCACCCACCCCGAGAGACACGCACGAUACUGCACCAAGCACCAACCGACUUCAGCACCUUCACAUUGGCGCUAGCUCGCACGAAACUCGCCCACAAUCUUGACCCGGCGCAGCGACAGGGCGGCACAACCUUCGUGCCCACGAACGUCGCUUUCAGACGGCUCGGAGAGAAGGCUAAUCGGUUUCUUUUCUCGCGGCGGGGUGAGGGGUGCCUGCGUCGCCAUGGUGGGCAUGCGCAUGAGGGCGAGGGGAAGGGUGGACGUGGGGAUGGACUAGAGGAGGACUAUGCGAAUGUGCGGCUUGUGACUUUGUUGAAGAGGGAGUUGAGGGUUGAUGUUAAGAAGGGGUUUGGUGAGGUUGAUAUGCGGGUUAAUGGGUUUGGUAGAGUUGGACGAAUGGAUUUGUUGGCGAGGGAUGGCGUGGUGCAUGUUUUGGAUCGGGUAUUGAUUCCCCCCAGGAAGAUUCAGGAUCAAAAUGAAGAUGAAGAUGGGGAACUGAUCAUUGAGGAGCUUGUAGGGAGAUUGGAUGGUUGCGUCUACGGGAUGACUCGAGGAGAAUUGUGA